AAACAUGACAUGACACUGACGUUCAAUUUAAAACGUAAACUUGACACGUAUCGCAAGUAAAAUAAACUUUUUUUUUAAUUUUCUAAUAACAAUUCGUUAUAUUACAGUAUUGUUGUGUUGAUUGAUAAGAAAUAAACAUGACGGCGGUCGAACAGCCCUGCUACACUUUAAUCAAUUUGCCGACCGAUUCGGAGCCUUACAAUGAAAUGCAAUUGAAAAUGGAUCUCGAAAAGGGCGAAAUCAAAGUGAAGAUAAGGGCUUUGGAAAGAAUCAUACACAUGAUACUGGCUGGCGAGAGGUUACCAAAUGGGUUCCUCAUGACAAUCAUACGAAACGUUCUGCCCCUACAAGAUCACCUUGCCAAGAAGCUGUUGCUCAUUUUUUGGGAGAUCGUGCCGAAAACCACCCCCGAUGGUAAAUUACUGCAGGAAAUGAUCCUGGUGUGCGACGCCUACAGAAAGGACCUGCAGCACCCCAACGAAUUUUUGCGAGGGUCCACAUUGAGAUUCCUGUGCAAGCUAAAGGAGCCCGAGCUAUUGGAACCUCUGAUGCCCAGCAUACGAAUUUGCCUGGAACACAGACACAGCUACGUUCGCAGGAAUGCCGUUCUGGCCAUUUUUACGAUAUACAAGAAUUUCGAAUUUCUCAUUCCCGACGCCCCUGAAUUGAUUUCUACUUACCUAGAUGGCGAACAAGACAUGUCUUGUAAAAGGAACGCUUUUCUUAUGCUCUUGCACGCCGAUCAAGAUCGAGCCCUCACUUAUCUAUCCAAUUGCUUAGAUCAAGUCGCUUCCUUCGGGGAUAUCCUUCAGUUGGUUAUCGUCGAAUUGAUAUACAAGGUGUGCCACUCUAACCCCACCGAGAGAUCCAGAUUCAUUCGAUGCAUAUACAAUCUGUUAAAUUCGAGCAGUCCUGCUGUUAGAUACGAGGCGGCAGGUACUCUCAUUACUUUGUCCAGCGCUCCGACUGCUAUAAAAGCCGCCGCCAGUUGUUACAUCGAAUUGAUCAUUAAAGAGAGCGACAACAACGUCAAAUUGAUCGUUUUGGAUAGAUUGAUCGCGUUGAAGGAACAUCCGAGCCACGAGAGAGUCCUGCAGGACUUGGUUAUGGAUAUAUUGAGAGUGUUAUCGGCUCCCGAUUUGGAGGUGCGAAAGAAAACGCUUAAUUUAGCGCUCGAAUUGGUGUCCUCUCGUAACGUCGAAGAAAUGGUGUUUGUGCUGAAGAAGGAGGUGUCGAAGACCAUGGAUAGCGAACACGAAGAUACCGGGAAAUACAGGCAACUGUUGGUCAGAACGUUGCAUUCUUGUUGCAUCAAAUUCCCCGAUAUAGCUGCUACGGUCAUUCCCGUUCUAAUGGAAUUCCUGUCCGAUAGCAACGAAUUGGCGGCCACCGAUGUGUUGCUAUUUCUGAGGGAAGCCAUACAGAAAUUCGAUAAUUUGGAGCCGCUCAUUAUCGAGAAAUUAUUGGAGACAUUCAAAGACAUCAAAUCGGUGAAAGUUCAUCGAGCCGCUCUUUGGAUAUUGGGCGAAUACGCCACGUCGACUGGCGACAUCGAAGCCGUCAUCAAAGAGAUCGUUCACACGUUAGGCGAAUGCCCAUUGUUGGAGACCGAGCAAAAGAUUAUAUCUGGUAGUACUGAGGAAAGCGCUCCGGUUCAUGCACCUGCCGGAGCAACCACUUUGGUUACCUCAGAUGGAACCUACGCCACUCAAUCUGCCUUCAACGUGGCCAGCAAAUCGACCAAAGAGAAGAGACCUCCGUUGAGGCAGUACUUAAUGGACGGAGAUUUCUUCAUCGCCGCUUCUCUGGCUUCUACUUUGACCAAAUUGGCUUUGAGGUACGGCGAAAACGCUUCACCUUCCGAUAGGAACAAAUUCGACGCCGAAGUUAUGCUCAUCAUGGCCGGAAUUCUGCACCUAGGCAAAUCAGGUUUGCCGGUAAAACCGAUAACUAACGACGACAACGAUCACAUUCUCUUCUGCCUGCGCGUGCUGUCCGAUCGCACGGAGCCCGUGGUGCGAGUGUUCUCGAGGCUCUGCCGCAACGCGCUCAACGACAUGCUGCUGGCGAAGGAGACCGAAGAGGCGACCGAUCAGAAAUCGCGCGAGAAAUCCCGAGCGGCCGUCCAGACCGACGACGCCAUCACCUUCGUGCAAUUGGAGUCCGAUCGAAGCGGCGAGCUCGGCGAGAACGUGUUCGAAACCUCCCUGUCGCAAGCGCUGAUGGGCGGCAAAACGGGCCAAUCCGAUUCGAGCGUAGGAUCGAGUAAACUGAAUAAAAUCGCCCAGCUGACGGGUUUCUCGGAUCCCGUCUACUCGGAAGCGUACGUGCACGUUAAUCAGUACGAUAUCGUGCUCGAUGUGCUGGUGGUGAACCAGACGAGCGAUACGCUGCAGAAUUGCACGUUGGAAUUGGCGACGCUGGGCGAUUUGAAGUUGGUGGAGAAGCCGCAGCCCGUCGUACUGGCGCCGAAGGACUUCUGCAAUAUUAAAGCUAACGUGAAGGUGGCUUCGACCGAGAACGGUAUUAUAUUCGGUAACAUCGUGUACGAUGUAACCGGAGCCGCUUCCGACAGGAACGUUGUCGUUUUGAACGACAUACACAUCGAUAUAAUGGAUUACAUUGUUCCGGCAUCUUGCACCGAUUCGGAGUUUAUGAGGAUGUGGGCUGAAUUCGAGUGGGAGAAUAAGGUGACCGUCAAUACGCCGUUGACGGAUCUCAACGAGUACUUGGAGCAUCUGCUGAAGAGUACUAACAUGAAGUGCCUGACGUCGGAGAAGGCGCUGGGCGGGCAAUGCGGUUUCAUGGCGGCUAAUAUGUACGCGAAAUCGAUCUUCGGAGAGGACGCCCUGGCGAAUUUGAGCAUCGAAAAGCCGUUUAAUAAGCCGGACGCGCCAGUCGCCGGUCACAUUAGAAUUCGGGCCAAAAGUCAGGGUAUGGCUUUGAGUUUGGGCGACAAGAUCAACAUGACGCAGAAAGGGACGCAAAGCAAGGUGGUCGCCGCGUAAUGUUGUUUUUUUUUUGUGAAUAGGAAAUUAUGUUUAAGGAUUUUUAUGGUUUAAUUGUAGCCUUUUUAUGAAAUAAAUAAAGGGCCGGGUAUUCUCCGGCUCCAUUAGGAACGUCGAUUCGCGAUUAAAGGAUAGAAGCCUUUCGGCAACGUUACAACAGGGCGAGAUGCCAAAAAUUAUAUACAAAAUAACCUCCCUGCGUAUGUUGUUAAUUAAUUAUUAAAAGUACUUAAUUGCAUUAGAUAGUACCGGUCCUGAAAGUAUUAUAGAGUAAAGUGAAAAUAGCUUUUUUUAUAAUUUAAUGCG